CAUUGCAAGUAUGAAAAGCUGUGAACUCUAUUACAGAUGGCUUACUUCAAUUUUCUCUACAGAAAUACACUUUACAUGUUUGGAUUUUUUUAGGCAAGUUAUUUAUAUAAUUUUAUUGCCACUUGUAAAAACAUACAUUCUGUCCCAAAGUCAUUUCAACAGAGUAUUUCUCAAGGGAAUUACAGAACAGACAUUUAUCAGGAAGGAUUUGCAAGGCCUGCAGAAAAUAACUGAUCACAAGGAACUUUUCAGCACGUUCUUCAAGUUUUUAUUCUCACAUUGCUGUUACACGGAAAAGUACUGUAUUCAAAUAACCACAUACAAAGGGUUUACAUUUUUAUAGUGAGGAAGAGUGGGAAGACAGAUUUCAAAUGCAUCCUAAAGGCUGGAUACUUUUUUUAAAAAGACAGCCUUCAGCUUUUACCUUUGUGUCUUUCUAUUAUAGACUUGUGUGAAUUACGUUAGCAAAGUGUGGUUUCUCUCUUGAUACCAUUUCUUUACUGAGACAAUUCCUUCCUCACAAGUCUGAGAUCAGUAAUGUUUGCCAGCUCAGUGUCUGUACUUUUCCUGGAGACAUUUGAGUGAUGCUGUAUAAAGGCAGGGAGCUGCUGCUCUCUAGCUCUGGUGCAUGGUUGGGUUUCCUUCCAGCCUGCGAAUGCCAUCAGUGACUGGUCAGUAGAAGACUCUGGAGGUAUGGAGAACUUGGUAGCUGGCUCCAAUCUUCCUCCACUUUUUACAGAUGAGGAUGGAUCUAAGGAAGGUGCUGAAAUUAAUGUAACUGGAUUAGCUAAUUCGGAGAGUUCAUUCAGUGGUGGAACUUCACAGCCUGUGAAUAACCCAGAUUUGGUGGAGGACUUGUCACAGGCUCAGCAGCAGCAAAAUGAGUCUUCUAAUGCUGCUGAAACCACUGAGCAGAAGCCUGAGGAGGAGCAGCAAAGAACCAAACGAGGAGGCUGGGCCAAAGGGAGGAAGAGGAAGAAACCCCUCCGGGACAGCAAUGCCCCCAAAUCGCCCCUCACCGGGUACGUGCGGUUCAUGAACGAGCGCAGGGAGCAGCUGCGGGCGAAGCGGCCGGAGGUGCCUUUCCCAGAGAUCACCAGGAUGCUGGGCAAUGAGUGGAGCAAGCUGCCCCCUGAGGAGAAGCGGCGCUACCUGGAUGAAGCAGACAGAGAUAAGGAGCGAUACAUGCGGGAGCUGGAGCAGUACCAGAAGACUGAAGCUUACAAAGUCUUUAGCAGGAAAGCACAGGACAGACAAAAAGGCAAAUCACACCGACAAGAUGGAGCAAGACAGCCAGCUCAUGAUCAUGAGAAAGAAGCAGAUACAAAAGAGAGAUCUGUCUUUGAUAUCCCAAUCUUCACAGAAGAGUUCCUGAAUCAUAGUAAAGCCCGUGAGGCGGAGCUGCGGCAGCUGCGCAAGUCCAACAUGGAGUUUGAGGAGAGGAACGCGGCCCUGCAGAAGCACGUGGAGAGCAUGCGCACGGCCGUGGAGAAGCUGGAGGUGGACGUGAUCCAGGAGCGGAGCCGCAACACGGUGCUGCAGCAGCACCUGGAGAGCCUGCGGCAGGCCCUCACCAGCAGCUUCUCUGGAGUCCCGCUGCCAGGCAGUGGGGAAACCCCCACGAUGGAAACGAUUGAUUCCUACAUGAACAGACUGCACAGCAUUAUCCUGGCCAACCCACAGGAGAACGAGAACCUCAUCGCCACGGUGCGGGACGUGGUGAACAGGCUGGAGCGUUAGUGACGGGGUCUCGUGACCCGGGGAAGCUUUACAAAAUUUUUUUGGCCAGUGUGGAAUGAGAAGCCAUGGGGGAAAGCCUGGGGUGGGAGGCAGGAUGGCAGGUUUGUCCUGGGCCCUGCCUGUGUUUUGUCAGGGAGACAAACAGAUCAAUGCAUUAAGAGAUCUUAAGAAGCCACGGACACCGCCCACUAAGCAUUUGGAACUGUCCUCUAUGUGAACAUUUAAGAGCAUGCAACUUUUGUGCAAUCUACAUUUUUUAUGGAUUUUGCUGGGUGUGAGGGUGCCUGUGUUCUGUGGACUGGCUGGCUGUGGAGAUGAAAUCUCAGCUUGUGAAAUGGAGUCAGCAUAUAUGUUGUAGUAAUAACUUUGAUGUGUUAUAUUGCCUAAUGUCUUCUAGUGUCUUUUAUUUUGUUUUCAUGUUUAUCCUGUGGGGUUACCUUCCUUCACUUCAGUUCUCUUCUUUUGAUCUUAUUCCCUGAUUCUUGCAGUACUGGAUAGCAGUGCUUGUGUUCUCUGCUCUAACAGGGAGUUUUCCUUGGUGCACUGUCUUGUCCUACACCUCAUGCUAUGUUUAUAGGAGCUUUUCUUAAGCAGAAUCCUGUUGGGUUUUUUUAUUUGUGUUAGCCUGCAAUUCCUACAAUGUGAGUUUGCCCCUGCUAGAGACUGGCUGUGGUUGAUGCUUUGUGACUUGAUUCUACUAUGAGACAGACUUCCUCUCUCCCCUCUCUUCAAGCACCUCUCUUGCACAUAGCAUCCUACUUUCCUGUGAAGAUCUCCUGUCAUCUCUUGAAAACAUUUGCUGGAGCAUUUUACUAUCACAAAGAUCAGUGGAAAUCAAGAUAGAAAGUGAAACAUUAGUUCUUCUCAGCAGGGAAAAUGGGAUUCUUCAGUUUAGACUAAAUCCACAAAGCUUGCCCUUCCUCUGAUACAUUGUUCAGUCUAAUUUAAUGUUAUUGCCUUGUUUUUGAGAGAAUGAUCUCAUGGGGAAAGCAGUUUUCUAUAAAAAGAGAAAUGGACACGGGGAUUGCAUUUUUUUCCCUGCCUGCCCUCCUGAAAUUGCUGUGCUGGGAAUCAAUGUGUCUGGAAGCAGCACAUAUAUUUUUGCAUGAAUUAUUAGAGCAGAGAAGGUUAUUAGCAACUAGGUCCACAUAGCCCACAGAACUCAGCAUUACAACUUGUUUCUGCUCUCACCUUUUGUACAGUCCGGUACUGCCCAUGGAGCCCAUGGCAUUCAGCAUUUUGUGUUCCAGCUGACCUAAAUGGCCUUUCCCUUGCAUUGAACAGAGCUCUGCAUGUUUGAGUCUGAUCUUGCUACACCACACCUCCUGGCAGAGCUGAGGCACCCACUGCCUGCACUGGCUUAUGCAAAACUUUCCCUGCCCUUUGGUUCCUGUCAAAUUGUUGAUUCUGACUUUGGCUCAGCACUUGUUGGACAUCUGUGGGCUUUAUGGGGGUGGUUGAAAUGCUCUUGCUCCCACAUGACAAUCUCUUUGCUCCUGCUCAAGACACGUGUUCAGAUUCCCUGUUAUGGUGUGGAGGUUGCUUUCGUUACUGGAGCGUGUUGCUGUCAGCAUCGCUUCAGUGUACCUGUGACACGAAUAUUUUGAAGAUUAAAAACCAGUUUCUUCUUUUCCUGCGCUGUACACAUGGACAUCAUGCUGGCCUGGAGCCAUCUUCGGGUCAGCACCUUUAUGCCAGGUCUCAGCUUACUCCUGGGGUUAUUGCUGUAGCCAAGAAGCAAGGAUUUCCAUGGAAAUCAAGUCUUCCUUCAGGGAGGAAACUCCUUUCUCUUGUUAUCUGUUUUGCUUUCAGGACUUCACAAAAAGGAACCUCAGUUUGCUGCAUUGACUUCCACUCUCCUUAGCAUGGAUGAGACCAGCCCAUGCUGCCAUGAACUUUUUUAGUGGGUUCUGUAAUGAAUGUUGUAAAUCCCAGAGGUUGUUAAUGCUUCCAGUAGAAGCACCUACACCUUCAUCUCAUGUAUGUAUCUUGGUUUUUUAGAACUGGUGAUGUUUGACUCUCUGUUGAAGUGGCCAAAAUGCGCUGCAUAGCCAAAAGUGAUUUACAAAAUCCCGAAGUUCUGUCUGUGGCGUCCUACCUAAUACCUGGAGUUGUAUCCCAUAAAGACUCCAGAAAUUCCAUGUAAUGUGGGAUGCAGUUCCAGGCUGUACCAUGUCCAAUCCAUCAGUAGGGUCAGAUGGCUUCAGGCUGCCUGCUUACAGAAAUCUGCUCGUGGAUACUGCUCAUCCAUCUCUGCUGAGAAGCAUGCAAGUGUUGUGGGAUAGGAAAUUUAAGGUGAUAUUAUUAGCUGGGGGCUGACAAAUCUCUUGCCUUUUCCCACAAGGAAGGAGGUGGGGUGGAUUAUCCAUCUUGAAGCAGCUGGGAGAAGACUGAGUUCUUGCUCACUGAUGAUGUGACAGAUGAUGUUUUGUCUCAUUAAGAAGCUUCUUAUUUAUGUUUAUUAACCCUAUAAAAAUGGAUUUUGUCUUUCCAGUGUUUUCGGAGUGUCACUUCAGUUUACAGUUUUCAGUGUUGACUGAUUAAAAAAAAAUGAAGUGGGUGUCAAGGAGAAGAGAAGAAUAAAAUGCUUUUGUCACUUGCAGAAAUGUUAAGAGAAAUAUAUGAAAGCAGAAUCCAUUUGCUGGAUUUAAUGUGUUUGGAAUUGUUUAAAUGCCAAGUUUUCUGUACAAUGUUUUUGUAAUUAAACUUUGGAGCUCCUUGGUUUCUAAGAAGUUGAUGUGCUUGUUUGACACUGCUUCAUUAAAAUUGUUCAACGCUGAAUCCAUUCUGAUUCAAUUUUAACUGCAUUUUCAUGAAAGAACUAUUACUACAUUGAUCUCUUGUCAGAGAUUUUAACAAUUCCACGUUAACCUUUGAACGGAAAUGUGCCACUUCCACCUCUCCAUCCUAAGUGUCUUCCUCUGGAAAACCUGAAGGAAUUUAGCUAAUUACUUAUAGUGGGGAAAGUGUCAGAGUUUUUGGUUAUAGCUAAUGGUUGCCAGGGCCUUUCCCUAACUUGACUGACUUGAAAAACGUCAUAUCUCUCACUCAGCCCUUUUUUUACAUCCUUGUCUUCCUUUAUCCUCCCUAAUUUCCCACCAUCAUAGUGAUUUCUUUAAGAACCUUCUGCAUCAUAACUAUUGCUCCCCACUUGAUUUUCUUUUCCCCUACUAGAUUUUUAUCCUCUUUACCCACCUGCUGGCUGAGAAUGAAGCAAACUGUAGCCUCAUGACAUUUGUGUUGGUGUAGGUGCUCUGUGGAGGAGUUAAGAUGGCAUCUGCCUCUGCUGAUGCUCUUUCUGAGGUCACAGUGCUGUGAGCAGCCAUGUCUUUAUGCUACUUUUGUGGUCACAUCUCAUUAUUUUGGUUGACAGAUUAAUGCCUGGUCUGUCUAUACCAACAGGCUUGGUACUGUCUUCUUCCUGGGACACACUAUAUUGAGAUUUAGAAUGCUUUGGAGAUUUUUUAAACUACUAAUUGUGUAAUGGUAAAGAUACUAAAAGUAGAAGGAAUGUAGGGAAAACCUGCAUAGGAGAAUUAUCUGCCAUGUGACACUGGCUGGUUUGGAGCUGGAGACAGAAACAGCAAGACAGGUGCACACCCAGAGGAAAGAGUAAGAGCAAAACAGCAGUGAGUUCAUAACGAGAGAAAAACCUAAUUCCUCUGUAACCUGUGCUCCUGUUCGUGGCACCAGGAGCAGAUGGUGGUAAAUCAUGCUCAAUUUGAGACAGUGUGGUGUAAUACUUCCGCUGUUUGUUCCUGUUUGUUCCCCCGUUUACUCUGCAGCUGGGCAAUUGGACUGAUGAUUAAUUAUCAUCUAAAGGAAGUUGGGGGAUCUGAGGUCUUUGGACUCUUAAGAGGAAGAGAUCACUUCCUCUUUGCUCAGGCAGGUUCCUGUUGAUAAUGUGGAAUGUGGAUUCAUUUAGAAUCUGAAAUUGGGUCUUUUUAACCUUCUGUUUCAUUUCAGUUGAAUUCUUCAGAGUCAGGAGUACAUGGAUGCCUCUCCUUUACUUUUCUGCUUGGGAACCAUCAAGAGUUUUGCUGCUUCUUUCUCCUUCAUUGCUGGAAGUAUUGAGGCUUUUAAAAUGUUAACUUUUUAAAAAAUAUAUUCAUGAUUUGCUAUCUGAAUUGCAAAAUCUCUGGAUUUUGUAUGAAGUGUACCAUUUUGGUGUGUGGUGAACUAUCCACAUCCAUUAUGUAAUACAAGGCAUAGCAUUUCUACUAACUGAUUUAUGGGUUUUAUUAAUUAACCUGUAAUUCUUAUGCUGUGGGUGCUUUUGCUAUUUACUGUGCAAACACUAAUGUCUUGUGUGUCUGAAGAUGUAAAAAUGCAAGUUAUUCUAAGAUGUAAGGUAAUUGUAAGGGUCUCUGCUGUCUCUUCCUGUUGAUGAAAUGGCUCUUCUCCUAAAGUUGUAAAUAUUCUGUUCACUGGAUGGUCAUGCACACUUUGGAAGGCAAAAAGCAUUCUCACUUUUCCCUAGAAAUAUGUCUGUGCACUGAAGUCCAUGUGAUUUUUUGUUUAUAAAUCUGCAUUCUAAAACCUUAAUGAAAAAGAGUUCUACCUGUCCAAAUCCUGGGCUGCUAGAUACCAUCUGGUUUCAUUGAAUUGAGUGGAACAAUGUUACACGCACUGAAUACCUCACUUGCUGGAAAUCAGAGAGAGAGUUCUAGUUUUUGUUUUGAAGCAAUAGCCCUGUGGGAUUUCUCUUUCUAUCUCAUAUCAGCAGUUCUAGUUUUAUUAAAUCUGUUUGAGUGUUAAUCAAGAGAGAAUUCCCUCAUCUAAUUUAUUUGAAAUACUGCUUAAGCCCAAGACACUUGCAAAGAAAUCCCCAGCUGAAAUUCAAGACCUACAAACACUGUUUCAACCCCUCCCUCUUCAAAGUGGGUGUUAACAACUGUAUCAGUAUUUGGAUUCUUCUCAGAGGAAGUUCCUUUUUCUCAAUAACACUUCAAAUUCCUGCCUCUGUUGGUUUUGUGUCUUGAAUAUUGAAAGAAGAGAAGUAAACUGUUUGGACUGGGGGCAGAUUAGCAGGAAAUUUAUCAAAAGUGCAGGCCAGCAGGGUGGCUGAGUCCAGGAGAGUGAAAAGCUCUGGAAAAUUAAUCUAACACCUUUCCCAGAAAGGACUGCGGUGCUUUUAGGAUGAAUGUUGUACUUGCAGCAAAACACUGGCUGCAUUCCUUGUGUUUAACAGCUGGUUAUGGAGAGUGUUGACAUGGUCAUCCAAUGAUUUCAGUUCUCUUAAAUUGCUUUUACCCAAGCAAAGCACCUGCUCCUGUAGAGUAAUUCUGUGUAGUGGUUUGUGGCUUUUAGGCACAUAUGAACUUUAUAUCAAGUAUGAACUUGAUGUGCAGGAGGAAGGGGUUAAAUUUCCUUUUGCUUACUGGCAUUAUGAUGAGUGGCUCAGACAUAUGUAAAUGCACAGAGACAGAUUCUGUUUACAGUCUUUUUUUUUUUUUUUUGUGAUGAAGGUGGCAAUAUUUGCCUUCUGUCUUCACCCUGUUAAAAAUCUGUGAAGGUACGUGGUAGGAUAAGGACAGAAGAAGAGGAUACAAGAAUAGAAUUUGCCUUUAUUCCUGAGGUUAAUGUUCACCUACUGCCAGUACAGCAAUGGUUGAAUUUUCAGCCUCAGUAAGUUUGAAUUCAGACCUGCAAAUUCCAUACAUUUUUGAAGUGCUUUUGAGGAGGAAGAGUAGCAAAUGUAAAAUGAAAUUCCAGCUGGACCCUCGUUUCCGGACUUCACAUUUAUGUGGUAAAUGUGCAUUUCCAGAUAUCUGAAAUCUCUAUCCACUUAACCAAUUUCCUCCUGGGAGGAGCAGUGCCCUCUGAUGAUCCAUCUUGGUAUCUCAGAAUGAGAAUGAAAAAGCCUGACAGAGAGUGAAGGCCAGAGCCAGAGCUUCUGCAUGUGAACAUUUAAGUCAAUUCCCUGGUUUUGUUCUAGGCAUGUGGCAGUUUCUCAGGGUUUUGGUGUCUGUUUUUUUUUAAUAGAUUGAUGUCUUUGUUUCAUGCAGAUACAUUAUUCUUUUCCUACUACUCUUUGAGACCUGGUCAGUGUGAAAGUGAUUCAGCAAGUAUUCCUGUGUUACAAGGAGAGCAGCGUAGAAAACAUGACCUGAGUUAGCUUGUCUUUGAGGUCAUCGUUCUGGCUGCAAGGAUGGCUGUGAUAAAGAUUUCUGCUUGGCUAAAGCUGUCUCUCUGUGUUGGCAAAAUCAGCCUGGCUGACUUGGAGCUAGCAGGAGCUAUGAAUACAUAAAUCCAUGGAAUGGAAGCUUUGCAGCUGUUGGUAUUUACACAGUACUGUGUUUUUGCAGAGCUGGUUUUUGUUCUGGAAGCCUGCAGCAGCUUCACACUUCAUCAGCCCCACCAGCUCUCAGGUGUACAGCAAGGUGGGAGCUGCUUCUCCAUGGUCUUACUCCAGCCAGGAGCACCCCUGUCCAGCCCUGAGCUUCACUAGUGCAUCAAAAUACUAAAAAACUGCACAGCUUUUGGUUGUUGUAGAACGUUUUCUGUAGUUUGUGAACUGGCUGGGCUGCUGUAGAAGUCUGGCAAGCACUGGGGCUUUUGUGAAGUGAGCAAGAGGAUCAGAGGGGAGAGGAAGGGAAGCAGGAGCUCCUUUCUGGAGGUGUCCUGCCUGCAUUUUGGCUCCCCGUUUCAUGAGACUGCACUCUGAAUUGAUGUGGGAGCACAGACUGUAGAGAAUUAUCUCCUUUUCAGCACUUAGGGCUGUCAGUAAAUACAUGACAAUCAAAAUAUAACUCCUGGCUUCAUGCUGUUGCCCUUAUCUGUAUGUUUUUCUGUAUGUCUUGCCUUCCUUUCUCCCUCUUCCCCUCUUCCUUUGUGCUGAGCUGUUUCAGCUUAAAACCAGCUAAAAUUGACUUAGGUGGCUCCGCCAAGAAAGAUUUUUCUUAAAAAGUCUUUUUUAUGAAUGUCACUGGAAUGUCACUAUCCAGUGGACUUAGAAGGGGCUCACAAGUACUGCAGUUGAAGUAUUUAGAAAAGGCAAGUUUAUGGAAAUAAGUAUUUUAAAUUAUCUUGUCUUGUGGGAAAUGGGGGCAACAAAUCAACCCAGCAACAGUGCUCUUCUCUCGGGUACCAAUUUCCAAGCCAGAUACUGACAAAACAAACUGAAGGGAUAAAAUCAAAGCUGCUUAAUCUGGGGGAGGGGGAUGAGGGGCAAGAUCACAUUACUGAUAAAAGAAAAUAUGUAAAAUAACAAAUUCCAGGCUUUCUCCCUUGGGGUGUGCAUUCAGCUGUAGAAAGAAUGUUUAUGGAAGAAUACAUUGUGCUGUUUAAGCAUGCUUCAAAGAACAAAUCUUUUCUUACCUUGUAGAAAUUCAUCUCAGCUUUUUCUUUUCUUUCUUUCUCUCAGACCAUAAGUCAGUAGAAGUGAUGUAUGUUACCCAUGGGCCAGUUUGUACAGGGCUAGCUUAAUCUGGGCACGUCCUUACCUUGGAUUGGAAGUCUCUUGUAUUUAAUGGAGUGUUAACUCAGUUUAUUCCCUGGGAUUUCUGCAAUAAUUUUAUUGCCUGCAAAAGGAGCAGUUUGAAGCCAGAUGAAGUGAAGGUAUGCUCUGUAUCAUACCUGCUGAGCUUGGCAAUGAUGCCUGGACAUGCUUACCUUAUUCUGGUGUUUCUGUUUUCUUCAUCACAUCUCUUGCAUGCGUUUUCCUGGUAGUCCUGCUUUGAGUUCAAGGGUCAUCUCCCUUCUUUGAGGAAAUAGAUACAUAGGCACUGCAUCUGGUCUGUUCUCAAGUCUGUGUCAAAUGUUCUUGGCAGUACAGGCAAGCAUAAGAGUAAUGGAUUCUGAAGGCAGAUUUUACGAACGGGGCUGUUUGGUAGUUGAGUUCAGUGAUACUGCAGCAGAAGCUAAAGUGAAUUACAGUCCAAGACAUUUAUAAUGUUAAAGAAAUGGGUUUCUCUAAUGCUGAAGCACUAACAGAACAAAGAGGAAAAAUCAAAGACAAAGAUAAAAUAUCAUCUUAAAGUGGACAAACUGUGCAGGAUGACAGACUUUUAUAAAGACUUCUGUCAGCUGCGGCUGUUUGGUGAGGGAGGACGGUGUAGAUCAGCAUUGAUGCCUUAGGACACAAAGCUCAAUUGUUCAGUCCUCUUACACAGGUGGUCUUACAGCUCCUAUGUGGUAAAAGCACAGACAACAGUUUCAUGGACAUUAAGAAGCAUUUGAAUGUUAAAUUACUGGGCAGUACGUGUGUAGUGUGAAUGAGAGACACAAUGUCCUUUGUGCCUGGUGUUUUGGAGAACAGACUGCAGUAACUUCAGCAGACUCUUCUGAAGCACAGCUUUGGCCUGAACUAAUAUGAAAUAUCAGGUUGGUUUGUCUCAGUUCAGUUUGUUGUCAUGUGGUUUUGACAUACUUAUCUAGUAGGAAACACUUCACCAUUAGAUCAACUGUUUUCUAAAACCAAAGCUUCAGUGGAAAGUUUUUGACCCCUAUGAAAUUAAUGAAAAUUUAAUUAUUGACAUUGCUGGAGCCAGGAUUUCAUCUGCAGUCUUCAGCAGUUAUACGUGUGGUUAUGGAUUAUCAGUCCAUAUGGAAGCUGAAACUGUGUCUCCAGCUUUUCCUAGACUCAUCCAGUGUCUGUAAUCCUGCAGCUUCACAGAGGAAUCUGUGUGGGGGUUCUUCCUGAGGAAAAUCCAGGAGGAACUCCUGCAAUGUAUUACCAGGCUGACAAAACAUAUGUUUCUUCAGCUAAAAUAGCACUGCUCUUUCACAUAUAAUGGGGUCACUGUUUCUCUGCCGAGUUUCUAGUGUUAUUGAUACUUACUAGCUGGGCUCCAAUUUGAUGAUAAAAUAUCAGCACUUCAAAAUCCUAGCAGUGGGAGGGCUUCACAUCACCAAAAUGUCAGUCCUGUCACUUAAAGAAACACUUCUGUUACUUUCUGUCACUGCUGCUAUUUUUCUUUUAUGAUAGGAAAUUUCAGUUGGAUUCCCAAGUUCUCCAUUAGCAGUUUCACUGAAUCCAGUAUUUCACUACCAUGGGCAAAUGCAAUGGAGAUGUUCUCAGAGUGGGAUGGGAGGACUCAGCCUGCAUCCAGAGGAUCUGGGUUUGUUUUCCAGGCUCUCUCUGUGUGACAGAUUCUAUUUCUGCUUCAUGGUCCAGUCAACAAAUUAGUGAAAGAUACUCAGUUCGGUGAUGAUGAUGUUAGAAGAACUGAUGGAGAAAGAGUUUUUGGGCAGUGGGCUGGUUUUGGUCUGCUUCAGUUUUUCAUUGUGCAAAUAAAAAGAGUAAACAUCAUCCUUUUAGACAGAGUUGCCUGAAAAGGGGGGCUGUGUUUUAGCCUGUGUUUCCAGGAACUACCACUGAAUAGGAAUCUAUAGGCUUUGUUCUGUUAAUUCAUCUACCUCCACUGAUAGUUUAGGAUAUGGUAAAAAGGAUUGGGGUUGGAAAUAGUAAUUUCUUGUUGGCUUUUAAAUUAUUAUUUCAAGUAGACUUGUCAUGUCUUUUUUCUUCUUGAGCUGUACUGCCUGAAAUAGUGCAACUCUUGCAGUUGAAUCCUAUUUUCAUUAUUCUUUCUCAAGCUCUGACCUUUAAGAACACAAGUGGAACUGGUAUCUGUACAAGGAGGUGGCAAAGGUCUCGUGUAGCCUUCUGAAAACAGUCCUGUUUUGUUUGCAUGACAGAGUAGUCCGAAAAUGUAUCAGGAAAGAAUAGUGGAUAAGAGAAAAUGAAUGACAUGAUUGAGUGCAGUAGCCAGAAAUAACCUGCCUGGGCUUGUUCACAUCACCAGAAAUUAUCAGUAUAAUGGAAGUGUGAUUUUACACCAUCUUUAACCAUAAGGGUAUAGUCUGUGCAGACAUACAUUUAAGUCAAAAUUCUUAAUUUUGGUGUGGAUACAUUAAUAAAAUGAUCCAAUAUAAAAA